AUGGCAAUGAAUACAGACGCAAGAUCAGAAUCUUUCACGGUGAACUCCGCCGUGAAGAGAAAUCGAGCAACGCAUAUCGAUGUCACCUUUGAACCGCGAGCAUCACUACCAACUCAACAGCCGCUGCAAAUCGCACAGCCCAGCCACGACCACGGUGGCUCUCCGCACCGUACUCUUCGCCGGAACCAUCAAACAACAAUAGCGAUCUUCCAUCCUCUUCGUGAUCACAUCCGUGACAUCACCAUCAUUACGGUUGAACAGACCCCUUUGUUUGCAUGGUAA